CUCGCCACCAUCACUUACAAGAACUCAAUUGAAGACCUACAGUCUACAACCUCUACAACAGCCAAAAUGAAGCUCUCUCUUGCCUUCCUCGCUACCCUCUCCAUCGCCACGGCCGCCUCCGUCCCCGCAACAUGCUCGGACAUCCCCGAUUCCUUGGGGGACAAGCCCCAGACCCUCCACAGCUACUUCGACCAGCAAGUAUGCCAGAAGAGCAAAUGCGAUACCACCAUCAACAACAGCAUCUCAUUUCUCCAGAAGACCGUCCUCCCGGAGGUCUUCCAGCAACUCUCGCAGAGCCUCGGCAUCACCACCGGUAACCAGGAACAGAUCGAGAAAAUCACCAAGGAAAUCGGGAAAGCUGUGCAGCAGAGCUGCUCGCAGCAAUACGGCAACAAGAAGGUGUGCAAUGACGACGACAGCGUUCUCCAGUUCGGCCAGUGUGCGGCCAAGGCGGCCGAGCCGGUGAUCAGCAAGCUUGGCCAGGGCGAUGACGACGGCGUGCCUUCGGAGGAGGACUGCCAGAAGUUGAAGACGGCGUUGACGGAUGAGCAGUUGUGGUCGAAGACUUUGCCGGGUUAUGUGGACCAGUUUGCGAAGAAUUGUAAGAACUAG